AAUCAUGUCAGCAUGGCUCGGUGGAAGCAAUAUACGGCCCUGGAACAUCCGCCGACCGGGGUAUCAGCACCUAUUAAGAAAAUAUUGAAGAAAAAUCGAACAAAUUUGACAAUGACAGCUAUGUGUUUUGUAUGUAAUUUACCGAUUAUGUCACAUCAGGUGGGCCUAGUGUGGCAGGGUGGCAAUGGCUGGGAUGACUUAGUUAGAGAACAGUUGGAAGAGUCAACAGUGAAGCAAAGGUUAGGAGGACGCAGGGAUUCAGCUGCACAGAUUACGACGCCACCCAGUACCUCACCGCCACCAGGCGUACAAAGACGACGACGCAGUUCCCUAGCCCAGCUGACCGAUAUCUUACGUGAAUGGAGCGGCGGGGGUAAACACCAAAGUACCCAAUCCAUACAGCAUACACCAAAAGCACCCUUAAAUCGCCGCGAAACUAUGGCCGAUUUGGCUCGUAAUUUACCGUGGCGUACUUCCACCUCAGACGCAGCUACCACCUACGUGGCGCCGCGUAAACGUCGCGAAUCCAGUGCGGAAACUAGUUCAAAAAGUAAUCGUCCGCGCCGAGAGUCAAGUGUAGCUGAAUUUACUAAACAAUGGACCAGAAGAGAAAAUACAAUGUCUAGUGAGGACUCUAGCGCAGUUACAGUACCGUUAGUAGAUUCUACACAAAGAGUGAUAUCUCGCUACGGUUCUGGCGAGAGUAACUUGUCAAGUCGGCGCGACAGUUCAUUAGGACGUGCCACUACACCACCGCCACCUCCCAAAUCGAAUACUAUUAAUUGUAAAAAACGCGAUUCCCUCGCUGCUCCUGAAUAUCCAAAUUUUCGUCAAGAGCAACGACCAUCCACCAGUUCCGGUGGCUCUGAUACUCUGCCAUUAAUCUCUACUCCUUCUUACAAUCAGGUAGAUUCAGCGUGUCAGGUCCUACCGCCACCUACUAUAAUUACCAGUUCGGUGACACCGCCAGCUACUAGUCCCACCGCUAACAAAGGGCGACGUGAUUCAACCACGCAGUGCGGUCGACUUAAUCGUCGAGAUUCAAAGACAGGUAUCAGUCCUGAGCGAGGUAUACGUUUGCAACGGCUGCAACGUCAAGCUACCGCUUUUGAUGAAAGUUGCAUUCCCGGAAGCAUAAGACGGGAUUCUCAGCCUGCUUUAAGCCCAGAACCGGCAGAGAACGGUCAACGUCGCCCAUCAAGACGCGAUUCUUUAAGUCCCGACAGUGCAACCCGUAACGGUCGACGAGAUUCGCGCAGUCAUUUAUCACCAGAACGCAGUCAUGAGCGCGAUAGUAGUCCACACAGACGACAUACAUUGCGCAGACAAAGUUCGUCGGCAAAUAGUUGUAGUUCCUCACGCGAUGCCAGCCCCUGCGGACGUCCAGCAGCACUGCCAGUUGCAGAGCCUAGUGCGCGCUCUGCCAUAAGACGACAAUCAACCACUGAAGAAAUAUUAAUUGCCCGAGGUUUUCGACGUCAAUCUACUACUGAAGAAAUGAUUAGAUGCCGUAAUUUUCGAAGACAAAGUUCCCAAAGUGAUGAUGUCGUUAGAUACCGGGGACGACGUGAUUCAUGUGCCCAGAUUAUAGACGGUACUAUCGGCACGAUGACUGUAGAAACCACGAGCACCUUUUUUGAUACUAGUACACAAACCGAACCCUCGCCCUUGUAUGACAACAAUCAUUAUCACGAGGAAUGCCUGCGUUGCAAUUCGUGUGGUUUAAACUUAACUGGACCAAAUCAAAGACGCGCCAGACGUUUCAAAAACCAAAUUCUGUGCGACCUGCAUUUUGCAGACGUUGCCCUAAUGGAGUGCUCAGAUUUUAUGCAACAGCUGAGAAGCUUUAAACCACAAUCGUUGGGUUGCGCUGUUGCCAGACGUAAAAGUUCAACAACGUUAAUAUUUCCACUGCCGCCUCAGGCAUGCUCUGAUGAAUUUUGCGAGGAAUAUCCCCAUAACUUAAUGCCUACUCCGGGCUAUUGGGUGGAAUGUUCUCGUCAAAAAAUCGCUUUACCACCCGCACACACUAUUUGGGAUGAAAGUGACUCGGAACAUGAGGAUAUGCGUGGGACAAGUUCUAGUGAGGCUCACGUGGACCGAGAAUGUAACGAUUUGUAUGAGGAUGACGAAGACUCCGAAGCUACGCCUAGUCCUCGAAAGAAGACUACAAUUGAAGAACAAUGGGAACAAAAUGGCUGCUUUGAACUUAUCUCUGUCGAACAAGAAACGUACGAGAAGUAUUUUUACGGCACCGAACAUUGGAAUUAUUUCACCAGCGACGAAGACCUCGGUCCGGUGAUUUUAUCAAUUAAACAAGAGACCCUAAAUGGACGAGAUCAGUUUCGUAUAUUAGUUAGAGCUGGUUCAUAUACUGUACACGGUCUUAUACCUGCCUCUUGUGUAUUCGCUGAUAGAUAUAAUCGGGAGGAAGUAGUUAGAUCCCUAGGUAAAGAAGUUAACCUAAAUCCUCCUCUAACUUUAGGCCAAUUGCCAGACACGCCGGAAGAGUUACUAAAAUUAGAUCAAGUUUUUAUAAAAUCUGAACUAAAAGUUGGGGUCAUAUAUGUAAAGGAGGACCAAUAUACGGAAGAGCAAAUAUUAGACAAUAAUGAAAAUUCACUAUUAUUUGAUGAGUUUCUAACACUGUUGGGUGAUCGUGUUAGAUUAAAGGGUUUCGAUAAAUACAAAGGUGGCCUUGAUACAGUACAUGAUUUAACAGGAUUGUACUCGGUUUAUACCAAUUGGCGUAGCAUUGAGAUAAUGUUUCAUGUUUCAACGCUACUCCCUUAUGAGAAGCAUGAUCCACAGAAGUUGCAAAGGAAACGGCAUAUAGGUAACGAUAUUGUAUGCGUGGUAUUCUUAGAAGCUGAUAACACCAGAUUCAGUCCGGCCUGUAUAAAAAGUCAUUUUCUACAUACAUUCAUAUUGGUGAGAGUGUCAGCCAGAAUAAAACAUAAACCCACCCGUUAUGAAGUAUCGGUGGUUACAAGGGACGAAGUGGGCGCCUACAAACCUUAUCUUUGGGAGCAAUCGGUCUUUGAAAAGGGACCAAUGUUCAGAGAAUGGCUGCUAACUAAGAUAGUGAAUGGCGAGCGGGCUUCAUAUUCGGCACCGAAAUUUGCCCGUAUGCAAGAACGUACACGUUCACAAAUGUUAGAAGAUUUGGUUAUGAAUUUAUCAAAUCAUGCUGAGACAGGACAAAUACCAAAACCAUAUCGUCGUGGCUCUUGGCGACCCAUCGGACACAUGAGGCCUUCUUCGCCACUGUUGGAUUCAGUGCGCGAUCAAUUUGAGGAUUACGAUCAAUUAGCUAAAGAUUUUACUAGAGUAUUUCUCAAUGAAGAACCAUCGUGCCUACAAAAUUCUCAUCUAUUUGAUGUUGUGUUUCUAGUGGGGCAAUCGAAACAGAAAGCCCGCUUUAUUGGUGUACGAGCCAUACUCGGCGUCAGAAGCCGAGUUUUCCAGGAAAUGUUAUACGGUAUACAAACUGGAUUCGGUUCACCGCAAAUACCAGUUGCAGAAAUAUUUGCGCGACCGGCGCCUUCAUUGGUUUCACCGCAAAAUCAAAAGCCAAAGAGUAAUAAUUAUUUAACGGUACCGGAUUCGGACACAAUGCGACCGAAAAGUGUUCCUUCCUCGCCUAUGGUUAAGCGAGCAUUUUCACGCUUAGGCACCAUCACUGCCGGCUGGGGUAGAUCGAUACGCAGCAAGAAUGCCAAUCAACUGAAUCCCGAAGAUAAGAAGAAAUGGAUCUCGUCGACAGAUUGUUCGAACAGAGACAGCAAAGAGAAAGAUAAGGAUAAAGCUACCGCCAAUCAAUUGGCUGUACCGCGUUUGUCGGUAUGUGCCGAUGCUCAAAAAGUGGAUCGCGCCAAAUUGGCUCAGACCGAAUUCACUAUAAUCGAAUUUGAUCCGGAGACAUUUCGUGUUUUGCUCGAUUACUUGCAUACGGGUACAUGUCCUUUGACCUGCGUCUCCAUACCAGGCCUUCUUUGCGCCGCUGAACAUUACGAUUUACCCGAGUUGUUACAAGCUUGUUUCCAUCAUUGCAAGCAAUUUAUGCGCAUUGAGGUUUGUUGCCCUAUGCUAAUUUCAUUGGAGAACUACUACUGGCGUUACACGUCGGCUUCUGAAUUAGUUAACAUGAUCUUAUCGUUUGUUGAGAAUAAAGCCCACGGCCUCUUCAAGUGCACCGAAUUUUUAAAUCUUUCCGAAUCCAUGGUACAAAUGAUAAUGUGUCGCGAAUUGCAAUGCCCGGAAAUACGAAAAUUUGAAGCAAUGUUGGCCUGGGCUAAAUAUAAAGUAGCCAAAAUGAAAAAUCACCCAAGCAAAGACACACAAUUCGAAUUCGAAUGCAUUAUGGAACGGUUAACGCGCGAUUUAAAUUUAUGCCGCAUAUCACCAAGCGAACUGCUAUCAAUAGUUUUGCCUUCGAAAGCGCUGAAGAACGAGCGUAUUAUGGAAACUUUAAUGAUGCAAGUGAAUUUGGGCACUUAUCGAAUGCAGGAGUUAGACGAAUACCGUCAACAAUUACGCAGUCAAGAUUCAACUGAGGCGACAGUGCAAGUCCAUCGGGGUGGAUGAGAUAGUAAGAAUGUUAGUUUCGAUUUUGAUAGAGGCACUAGGAUAAUAAUGACGACACGGGGUAGUUCCUCAAAAGCAUAUGAUUCUAUGGCUGACGAUGAGGUCGAAAUGUAUGCUAGUUUUGAAGCUACUCCAAGCACAAGUCGUAUAGCUGCCCAAAUGCAAGCAGCAAAAGAUGCUAGACGUAGGCGUUGGGCGGGCGAUGGUGCUUCAGCUGGCAACAGUAGUGAUGCGGGCAGUAGCAGUGGAGGCGGAGGUGGUAGUGGGUUACGGUAAACGAAAUAAUGAACAAAAAAGAAAUUCAACUCCGACCCCCACUGUUCUUUCUACUACUAAAUGACUCAACAAAUGUACGAAGGGAAGUGCAAAAAUUGGAAAAAAAAAAAA